AUUGAACAUAUGAACAAUGAACUGUUCCCUUAUGCAAUUGUUGUAACUGUUGUAAUCCAUCUCAAGCAUUGUAAUCGAUGCAAUCGUUUUAAUUCUUGAAAUCCUACUGUAGUGUAACCAAUAUUGUUUGAAGGUUUGCAUGGCGAAGUAUAAUAUAUAAUUAAUGCUUGCGCAUUAAUGCUUUUCGCAAGCAUUAAUUAUUAUUUAUAUAGUAACCAAUAUUAAUAACCACAGCCCCGAAAACUAAUUAAAUAGAUCUCCCUAGAUAGGUUAUUGGUAUCCUCCCAUUUUAAAACAGUCAGUGUUAUUCUUCACAUGCAAGUGUGAGAUAUUUUAAAUAUAUCCUUCAACCUAACAAAUAACUAUAAACCCACUAACGGAUUUUUUUAUAGGCCACCUACGGAUUUUAUAUCAGUUGUAACACUGUAACAAGCUGUUACCGUCUGCUAUCGAAAAGAAAGAACCCUAAUCGCCGGAGUCAUUUGGGUAUAAAAAUACUACGCUCAAGUUACCGGUAUGCCUACUCAUUUUAUCAAUGAGCGAUUUAAUAGUUUUGGAAAGUGAAUACAAAAAAAAAUGAGACGCAAAGCUUUCUUUAUUUUCCUCCUGUUGACCGUUUUGUGUUUAGGCUAUGAAUGCACGAUUGGAUAUUACGUCUAUUUGAGAUAUGUUGAUGACAGUCAACCGAGUGAUGUACUCAAUGUUAGCAGUUAUAGGCCUAACGAGAAGGGUGUAUCGGAUGGAGAUCUGAUUCGACACAGGUUUGAUUUAAGACGACAACAUGUUAAACAGUUGUGUUCACGAGACUUGUACAGAAAAAAUACGACGCUGAAGUUCAACCUCAUUGUGGUGGAUGAGUACAAAUUAAUGUACUGUUCCGUCCCAAAGACAGGCUGUACAAACUGGAAGCGACUGUUCCUAGUUCUACGUGGGAGAUAUAACUCCACGGAUGAUAUAGAACAAUCCAAAGCACACCAACGUUUCAAAACUCUCGCCGAUGUAACAGAAGCAGAAGCCGAGAAAAUAUUAAAAACUUACACCAAACUGUUUUUCCUCCGUGAACCAUUUGGACGCAUUGUCUCCGCGUAUAGAAAUAAAUUCGAAGACAACUCACACAAUGCAAUGGCAUUUAGAAAACCAUUUGUAUCUAGCAUUAUGAAAAUGUAUAGAGAAAAUAACACCGUUGAUGAAACGUUAAUGAAGGGUAAUCUAUCUGUGACAUUUCAAGAAUUUGUCCAGUAUUUAGGUGAUAAUAGGAACAGUCUUUCGGGUCUUCCGGAAGAACAUUGGCGGGAAACUUAUCGUCUGUGUUCUCCAUGUGAAAUUGAUUAUGAUUAUAUAGGUCAUUUUGAUACACUGUUUGAAGAUUCAAAGUUCAUAUUAAAAGCUUUAAAUAUAGCGAUUGAUUUCCCAGUAUCUACAAACCCAACGAACAGCUCACAUGAGUAUAUUCUUCAAGAAUAUUAUAAACAGAUUAAUCUCACAGAAAUUGAACGAAUUAAACGCCGAUAUCGAGUCGAUUUAUUACUUUAUGAUUCGGCAUGAAUAACAAUGUUUAUGAAGUUCAUAAUUCAUAAUUGUAUUUGUAAUCUUUCUCAAUAGAGAUGCCAGGCAACGAAAGGAAAUUUCUCCUGUAAUGUCUUUCGCCUACCAUCAAAGAAGUGUUCAGAUUCAGAUUAAAUCAUAUUUAUUCUUCAUAUAUCAAGUACAUGGAAUAAUUUCCUUGGUAUAUAUUACAACAAAAAUUAUUCAGAAAUACAAUACACAAAAUAUCAGCUACAAUUUUUUCACAGACAAUUUUAUCUAACAAAUUCAUCGUUGAGUACUUAGUGGGCACAACCGUUCAGUUAAUAUUAAGCGUACGUGUGUAUAUGCUUUCAGAAACCAAAUGAACCUAAUUAAACUCAAUUAUUACAGUAUUUGAUUAAGUAUUUGAUGAUGUAAUAUCACAUAGUUCUACAAUUAUAAUACUAUACCAAUAUUUAGGUCACUUUACACUAAAGCUCCUGUCGUCAGCAAUCGGAGGCUCUCUGCU